AAAUUUAACAAAAGGGAUAUCUUCCAAAGAUGGUCACUACUUGUUUUACGGCUCCCAAACUCUCUGCCCCAACACUUCGAACCCUUUACCGAAACCUUUCCGUGCCUUUACCCAAUACCAUUUAUUCAUUUUCACGCCAGCUUUCUCCCUCUACCUCUCGCUUCCGCCCCCGCCACCACAUGCGGUUGCAGCGCCGUGGCCUCUUUUCAACCCGUGCAGAGGAUGACAAUGGCGCUGAGCAACAGCGACAUUACGAUUUUGACCUCUUCACUAUCGGUGCCGGCAGCGGGGGCGUUCGUGCUUCCCGUUUCGCUUCCAAUUUUGGUGCUUCCGUUGCUGUCUGUGAACUUCCAUUUUCGACUAUUUCCUCCGAGACCACCGGCGGCGUUGGCGGAACAUGCGUGCUAAGAGGAUGUGUACCAAAGAAACUGAUGGUUUAUGCAUCGAAGUAUUCUCACGAGUUUGAUGAGAGUAAUGGUUUUGGUUGGAAAUAUGACACUAAACCAAAACCUGAGUGGAGCACCUUAGUGGCCAAUAAAAAUGCAGAGUUGCAGCGUCUUACUGGUAUUUACAAGAACAUUCUCAACAAUGCCGGUGUUACAUUAAUUGAAGGCCGUGGAAAGAUUGUGGAUCCACACACUGUUGAUGUAGAUGGAAAACUUUACACUGCAAGACAUAUACUGGUUUCGGUCGGUGGGCGUCCAUUUAUUCCCGAGAUUCCUGGAAGUGAGUACGCCAUAGAUUCUGAUGCUGCCCUUGAUUUGCCCUCAAAACCGGGGAAGAUGCUAUAGUUGUGGGGAUAUAUAGCUUUGGAAUUUGCUGGCAUUUUCAAUGGAUUGAAAAGUGAGGUCCAUGUUUUUAUUCGUCAGAAGAAAGUUUUACGGGGUUUUGAUGAAGAGAUCAGGGAUUUUGUUGGAGAACAAAUGUCUCUAAGAGGAAUUGAGUUUCACACGGAGGAGUUACCUCAGGCGAUUGUUAAGGCAGCUGAUGGUUCAUUGUCUCUGAUGACCAGAAAAGGAACAGUUGAAGGCUUCUCACAUAUAAUGUUUGCAACUGGUCGAAGGCCAAUACCAAGGUUUGAAAUAACUUUUAACAUAGGGUUGGAGUCAGUGGGGGUAAAAACUAACAAGAAUGGUGCGAUAGAGGUUGAUGAAUACUCACGCACUACAGUACCUUCCAUUUGGGCUGUAGGGGAUGUCACCGACAGAAUAAAUUUGACACCUGUUGCUUUGAUGGAGGGAGGAGCAUUAGCAAAAACUCUGUUUCAGAAUGAGCCUACUAAGCCUGACUAUAGGGCUGUACCCUCUGCUGUCUUUUCCCAGCCACCAAUUGGACAAGUUGGUCUUACCGAAGAACAGGCUAUAAAAGAAUGCACUGAUAUUGAUGUCUACACAGCAAACUUCAGGCCAUUGAAGGCCACUCUCUCAGGGCUUCCUGAUCGGGUUUUCAUGAAACUUAUAGUCUGUGCAAAGACAAACAAAGUUCUUGGUCUGCACAUGUGUGGAGAAGAUUCUGCUGAAAUUGUGCAGGGAUUUGCUGUUGCUGUGAAAACAGGCUUGACAAAAGCAGACUUCGAUGCUACAGUGGGUAUUCAUCCAACAUCAGCUGAGGAGUUUGUCACAAUGAGGACUCCUACUAGGAAAAUACGACGGAGCUCUGAGUCUGAGGAAAAAACGGGUGUUGAGGCAAACACAGGGGAGGUUAGCAAGAGUGGUUGGUUGGCCAUACCUUGUGGGUUCCAUUUAAGGUGAAAAGAAUUUGUUGGGGCGCUACUGGUGACAGUCCAUCUUGUUUAUAGUUGAUGGAACACGGAUUUUGAUUCGGGAUGAAUGAACGGAUGGUCGUAUUU